GUUGAACCACUAACCUUUCACAACGACGGCGCGGAAUGACAGACGAUGAUUGUUGCUGCGGGGUCAUUCCAUGCCUCUGUGUGACAGAAGCUCAAGUUCAGCAAGCAAAGAAGCUCGAUGACCUUCGAAUGAUGCUCCGAACGACCACCGCUGCCUGUGACUUUUGUCUCAUGUUGCCGUGUCUAUGCGAGGGGGACACACUCGAAGCAGAGGAACCGUUGGUUGUACCUUCGAAACCAGUCAAAAAGGUUGUGCCCACCGAUGCAUAUGGACGCGUGGAGCUCACGGGUAGCGACGGAGACACAGUGAAGGAUCUGUGGGUCGCGUCAGAGCUAGACGAUGUUCUCAAGCCGCAUCAACGCGACGGGGUCAAGUUCUUGUUGCAGCAUGUAUCGAUGGACCAAGGCUGCAUCCUUGCAGACUAUAUGGGUCUAGGAAAGACGAUUCAGCUUAUCUCAUCGAUUCAUAGCUUCCUUAUCGACGGCCUUUCUCGCGGGUCUCGAUCGACAGCAUUGGUGCUGUGCCCAACGGUGUGUAUUCUGAAUUGGGUGCAGGAGUUUCAAAAGUGGCUCGAGCCGUCGUCCCUGCAGUGGUGCCCAAUCUACCAAAUGGACACGACCAACAGUUACAAGUCCAAUACGUCAUCGCGUAUUGAGGCACUGGAAGAGUGGAAAUCCAAGGGAGGCGUCAUGAUCAUGGGCUACGAAAUGUUUCGCCUGCUCCUUAAUCCUUCCCGUGUCGUCAACGAGCCCGUGAUCGAUGUCGUAUCCCAUGUCAGCAUGGGGGUGUUGGAAGUGACGGAGAAGAAGCAGCGAGUGAUUGACCGCCAACUGCGGCAACUCUCGUCCUUGCUCUGCUCGCCUGGGCCUGACCUGGUUGCUUUGGAUGAAGGUCAUCGGAUCAAGGAUCCUUCAUCAAUUCUGUGCGCCACGUUGGAAAAGGUGACCACUCACAAACGCAUUGUCCUCACGGGCUACCCCCUCCAGAACUCACUGGCCGAGUAUUGGUGCAUGGUCAAUUUUUGCCGCCCAGAUUUUCUCGGGUCGUACGACGAAUUCCGACAGACAUAUGAGCGCCCGAUCGUGGAGGGCAACGUCGAGAAAUCGUCGCAACUGACGACACUGUUGGCGCCGGUGGUGCUCCGCCGCGGCCGCGACCUCUUGAACGCACAUCUCCCCACCAAGAAAGAAUGGAUCGUGCACUGUCAACUGUCGCCGUUGCAACACACCAUGUACCUCGAUUUUCUCGACCGCGACCGCCUGGAGAAAAAGCAGUGGGACCUCUUUACAACGUACGCCACGCUGCUACAGAUUGUCAACCACCCCGACGUCGUCCACCGGCGCAUGAUGCUCUGCGAGGGGCCUGACGACCAAGACAAUGACGAUGGAGGAGGAGCAGACGGCGUGCCUGUCGUGGAUGACUGGCAGCCAGUGCUUUCGACGACCAAGCAAACUAGGCCAAAAAAGCGAAAGCGAACGGCGGAUCCUGAUGCACGGGCCGCCAUGGCAUGGGCCGAGCCGAGCUUGCUGACUGACUACGUGACAGGCGAAGCUGGGCACAGUGGGAAAAUGGUGGUGUUGUUGCAAUUGAUCCGAGAAAGCCAGACUGCCGGGGACAAAGUCGUGGUGUUUUCCCAGAGUGUGUCAACGCUUGAAUGCGUUGGAAUGUUUCUCGAUCUUGAAGAAGGCACGACGAGUCCGCCAGCGUCGACCAAGUCAGCCAAGCCCCAACGCGGCCAGACGGCAAAGAAGGUCUCGAGUGCAAAGAAUCACGCGGCGAAGAAAUCGCGCAAGUACCUCGUGAUUGACGGCAGCCUCUCUUCGUCCAAGCGCAUGGAGCACAUCAAUACGUUCAGCGAUCACAAGAGUGGCGUCGACGUGCUGCUCGUGUCGACGCGCGCUGGAGCGGAGGGCAUCAACUUGCACGCCGCAAAUCGACUGGUGUUGUUCGACGUGAGUUGGAAUCCAUCUCACGACCAUCAAAGCAUGUGCAGAUCCCAUCGCAUUGGCCAAGUGAAGGACGUUCACGUGUAUCGCUUUGUAAGCCACGAUACGAUGGAGGAGAAGAUUUAUCGCCAGCAGGUCAAGAAGGUUGGCCUGUCGGCGAAUGUUGUGGAUGCCACCGCGAUGAAUAUGGUAGACCCUAUGAUGGCGGCCACGUCCUUCUUUGCGCCGCCUGUGCGCCCGACGGCUGACCGCGUGGCCAGGCCGCACGAACCAUCGGGAGAUGUUGUCUUGGACAGGUGUCUCGAACAAGUUGGCCAUUGGGUGCCCAAGUACUUCGAAGCAGCGGCGGCGGCCACUACAUCAGCCGAAGACAAUGAGUAGGUUUAUUGGUGCGCUUAGCAUGUGUGCCCUGCCAGAGCAAUGGCGAUCCCAAGUAACGGUCCAUGGGGCAUGUAGCGUAUCGCUGCGGUGCUGAGAAUGGAUAGCAAUGGAGUAGCUGCAAACGUCCAGCCUUGUCUUGAAGUGACGUCAUCGCGCAACAGGAGUAAGAAUCCAUGAGCAGACAAGACGAGAGAUAGGACGGUCACCGAAGGCAUCUCGAUCUGGCGGAAACCCAAAGCGCGCACUCGAGGUCCCUUUUUCUCACUCACGUGAUACGCCACGACGUUUCCGACACCAGCAAUUGCCAACAGCGCGGGAACGGCAUAGUCGAUGACUGGGGAAGGGGAUCGCAGAGGAGUUGCUACAAGUGCGGCACCGAGAAGCAUAUAGAUGGACACACACCAACGCCCCACCGCAAAGUAUGCAUUGGAGGGAGUGUCAGGACGCUUGCUGUCUCCUUCGACACAGGGGUUUGCAAGGAAUCGAUGCGCAACCCACUUGACCAGCACGGGGGCGUCGAUGCCAUUCCAAAUUCGGGACUGCACGCAUCCCAGGAUAACGCAUCCAGUGACCGCUGUUGCUGCCGCCACUCGACCGACGGCGUCAACCCAGACCAUCUUUGCGUGUUGAAGCG